AUGCGAAACAAGCGCAAGCUCCUGGACCCUUUGAACCUGUCCAAGCUGCCCGGGACCUUGGAUGCGGACAAUCACUGGUGCCGCUGCAACCAGAGUUUGCGAGAGCGGCUCUUUCAGAAUAUCGACACACGGUUUCCCAUCACGCAGCGACACCUUCAGGAGUCGAGGUGCGUGAAGAGAGUCAAGCUGGGCGUCAGCCUCUUCAACACCAACGACUUUCCGUUCCCGUACAAGAUCGACAUCGAGGUUGCUGGUGCGGAUCAGAGCUCCAUCGAUGCCAUAAAGGCAGUCGGGGGCAGCGUGACCAUCGUUUACAUGGAGCGCGUGGCCCUGCGUGCACACAUCAAGCCAUGGAAGUUUGAGGUGCUGCCGAGAACAGCGCGCCCGACCAUGAAAAUGGUGACCUACUUGGAGAAGAUGAAGGCCCGUGGGUGUCACGUCCGGUACAUCAAGCCCCUGUGGCUCAUUGAGGAGGAGAAGCGACUCCAGAGCCAGCUUCGGGAGCUGAAGACCGAGGAUGCGGCAUCAACGGCCAGAAAACUGGUCGAGUCGGGCGAGUACAUGCAGAAGACCACGCUUGGCUGA